UUUCAGAGUACUACGUAAUUUUUUCCAGCAAUAACUGAAAAAAAGGGCUCAAUUUUAUGUUCUUCAAUCUCUACAAAACACAGUACCAUGUCGAGGUUUCCAGAAAAACCAUAAACACAAAGAACGACACUGCAAAUUAAUCAUCAAUCAAAGAAAUCGCACUGCAAAUUCAUCGGCAAAUACCCAUCUUCAACCCCUCUCGUGUUCAUCUUCUUCGAGCUGAAUAACAAUGUCGUCGGUUGAUGAUUCGAGCUUACAGCACCCCCAACAAUUUCUCAUUGGGACAGAGGGUACAACAACUCAGCAUUUACCAGAAAACGCUCUAGUGGGAUGGUAUAUAAUUGAUCCAAACCAGCAGCAGAUCGGCCCAUACACAUUGUCAGAAUUGCAGCAGCAUUUUCUAAACGGAUACCUGACAGAGAGCACCUUUGUAUGGGCUCAAGGAAGAUCUGACUGGCAGCCACUUUCAUCGAUUCCUGAGUUGAUGACUGGAGUACAAUGUCAUGCAUCUGAUUUUUCAGCAGGUGAGGAUUUUUAUUCUCAUUGUUAUCCUUGCAGGCCAGGAAAGACGGGUCUUAUACAUAGUGAUUUCUUUGCAGUACCUGCCAUCAGAGAUGAUGAGUUCAAGAAAUGGCAACAGGAAGUAAAAGAGGCAGAGGCUCAAGCUAAAGCUGAGAUGCUGAAUAAUGGUUCAGCUUCUGUUGAUGUAGGUGGAGUUGAUCAAGAGAGACCCUCAACUCCACCUGAUGGGGAGGAAGAAUUUACUGAUGAUGACGGAACUACUUAUAAGUGGGAUCGCAGUCUUAGAGCAUGGGUACCACAGGAGAAUCAAGGAAAUGAAGAAGAGGGAUAUAGAUUGGAGGAGAUGACAUUUGUUGAACAAGAGGAGGUUUUCCCAAUACUAACUACGGAUGAUACACCUAAAAAUAUAGAAGAUAAUACAGUUGUUGGGGCCGUAGAAGAAAAGGAGACAAAACCUGCUAAGAGAAAAGAGCCAGAUUCAAAGACUGAGAAAAAGGAAGCAAAUAAACCACCAGACAGCUGGUUUGAGUUGAAGCAGAACACACAUGUUUAUGUGACUGGAUUGCCGGAUGAUGUCACAAUCGAGGAAAUAGUAGAGGUUUUCUCCAAAUGUGGCAUAAUAAAGGAGGAUCCUGAGAGUAAAAAGCCCCGUGUGAAAUUGUAUUUUGACAAGGAGACUGGAAAAAAGAAGGGGGAUGCACUUGUUACAUAUCUUAAGGAGCCAUCAGUAGCUUUGGCAACACAAAUAUUAGAUGGGAUAACUUUCCGGCCUGAAGGGAAGAUACCAAUGUCUGUAACCCCAGCAAAGUUUGAGCAGAAAGGGGAGAAGUUUAUUCCCAAACAAACAGAUAAAAAGAAGAAACAAAAACUAAAGAAGGUUGAGGAGAAGAUGCUUGGUUGGGGGGGUCGUGAUGAUUCAAAGCUUAUGAUCCCGGCUACAGUUGUCUUGAGCAACAUGUUUACAACUGCGGAAAUGAGAGAAGAAUUAAGUUUACGUGAUGAAUUGGAGAUAGAUGUCCGUGAGGAAUGUGGAAAGCUUGGUCCAGUGGAAUCUGUCAAGGUCUGUGAGAACAACCCACAUGGAGUAGUUUUAGUCAGGUACAAGGACAGAAAUGAUGCUAAAAAGUGUAUAGAGUUGAUGGAUGGAAGAUGGUUUGGUGGGAGGCAGAUACAUGCUGUUGAAGAUGAUGGUUCUGUCAAUCAUUCUUUGCUGCGGGACUAUGACGAUGAGGGACAACGACUCGAGAAGUUUGCUGCAGAACUUGAAGCUGAAUGAAACCAUCAUGACCAACUUUCUUAGAAAGGGAUGCUAAUUCCCGUUUCUUGUUUUAGUUAAUGUAAUUAAUUUGUUAUGAAUAGACUAUAGCGACUGGAACAGAUUUGAUCUGCUAUGGAAAUAGGUCGGAGUGGAGAUGUACAUACUUGAGGAAGCUGAUAAUUUUGUACGUUUGGCUAGCUAAAAUAUUCUUGAUACUUCAGUAUAUGAUAUGCAUCCCUUGGCAAUGAUGAGAUUUUUUUAUAGCAAAGAAGGUGGUGUUUGUCUA